CUAUCUUACAAUGAUAUCAACAACACAUCACACAGCAAUCCACACUCAUCUGAGCAAGUCAUCUGACCAGAUCAUCUUCAUCCCAAUCGAAGAAUUAUGUCUUCCUACGCUAUCACCGGAGCCUCCAAGGGCAUUGGCCGCGAGUUUGUGCGCCAACUCGCAGCCGAUCCAAACAACACAGUCCUGGCCAUCGUGCGAAACCCCGAAUCGCCCGAGAUCGCCGAGCUGACCUCCAAGCACCCCAACGUGCACGCCAUCAAAGGCGACGUUACGGACCCCCAGUCGAUCCUCGAGGCGGCCGCGGCGGCAGCCGCCGUCACCGGCGGGUCGCUCGAUGUGCUAAUCCACAACUCUAAUGCCGUGGAUGUGGCCUCCAUGUCCUACACCCCGACCCAGAUGCCCUUUGAUCCGCAGGCCAUGCGGGCCAGCUUCGAGCCGUCGCUCAGUACGAAUGUCUACGGCGGUCUCUGGACGACCAACGCCUUCCUGCCCCUGAUCGAGAAGGGCACCCAGAAGAAGAUCGUGCACAUCUCCACCGGGAUGGCCGACACGGCGUUCAUCAAGAAGGCUGCGGUCAGCGUGGCGGUCGCGUACUCUAUCGCCAAGGCCGCUGUGAAUGUUCAAGUCGCCAAGUACGCAGUAGAGCUGGCGCCGAAGGGCAUCAAGGUGGUGGCUGUGAGCCCCGGCUGGGUGGAUACGUGGGAGGGUAAGUAGCUCUGCCUUUAUCGCAGACAAGCGAGAUAACUGAUUACAUCGUCGCAGGAGAGAAACCCGCUCAGGUAGUGGAAGCGGAUAACUUCUUGCUGAAGCAGUUUCAGGCGGCAAAACCUGACCUCGAGGGAAAGAUUCUCCCGGAGGAGAGUGUUCGAAAGGUGCUUCAAGUGGUUGAGCAUCUGGAUAUCGAGGAUAGUGGCUUGUUCCUCAGCCACAAUGGAGAUCGGGAGAAUUGGUUCUGAGUGCUCCGGAUACUGAUGAGAUGAGAUGAGUUGCAUCGGAGAGCUGUACGGUUUGUACUGUAUUGACAGAUUAUUUAUUUCUCCGUCUCGUACGAAACAUAUUGCCAAAUUAUGUUGUCAUGUUCAAA